UCAAAGAUGAUCAUAAAAUUAAAAAACUUCAUCCUGUUUUUGACAGUUUUCAGUUCAGUAUUUACAGAAGAAGCGUUUGUUGAAACAGAGAACGAACUAAGUGACUAUGAAGAUUUAUUAUCGCAAAGUUUCAGUGAAGAAUUACAGGAGGGCUUCGAUGUACCAAAGGAAGGAAAUAAUGGCAGAAAUGCGAAGUUACUGUGGCCACAUCCUCAAAGCCCCAUAAUAGAUUACGUCAGAAAAACAGUGGCGAAGAACCAUGUGACCAAAAAUACCGGAGACCUCUUCAAUUUUCUAAGGGACCAAUUUCCACUUCCAGAAGGUCUUCAAGCGCCGUUCUCCGAGUACGACUUCGUAAUCGUAGGUGCUGGAUCAGCUGGGAGCACGCUGGCCGCCAGGCUGACUGAAAAUCGGAACAUGACUGUGCUGCUUUUGGAGGCUGGCAAGCCGGAGAUGAUCCUCACAGACAUCCCAGCUCUGGCACCAUACUUUCAGUCUACUGAUUACUCCUGGCAGUACUAUAUGGAACGUGAAGAAGGUAUAUGUAUGGGUAUGAAGAACGAGAGAUGCUUCUGGCCAAGGGGCAAGGCGGUUGGAGGCACGAGCGUCAUCAACUACAUGAUCUACACUCGGGGCCGCCCACAGGACUGGGAUCGCAUUGCCGCUGACGGGAAUUAUGGAUGGUCCUAUAAUGAAGUUCUAGAAUAUUACAAGAAAUCUGAAAGAGCUAAUUUAAAAGGAUUUGAAAGGAAUCCGUAUAGAAGCCAAGGAGGGGAACUACACGUGGAAUUUGUACCCGUAAAAACAAAGCUUAUCAAAGCAUUUUUGGAAGCUGGCAAGAUCCUGGGACACCCUACAGUUGACUACAACGCUCCCGACGGUUUCGGUUUUGGGAAAGUGCAAGUAACCAUAGACCAUGGACACCGGCAAAGUGCUGCCAAAGUUUUCCUACACCCUCACAAGAAGAGGCGGAACCUUCAUAUCUUGCCUCAAAGCACUGUUACCAAAAUACUCAUAGAUCCCCAAAGUAACACUGCGUACGGAGUGGAAUAUUCGAGAAACGGUUUAACGUACACAGUGCGGGCGCGAAGAGAAGUGAUAUUGUCUGCGGGACCAAUUGCUUCACCACAGCUCCUGAUGUUGUCCGGCGUAGGACCGAAAGAGCAUCUUAAUCAAGUUGGAGUACCUCUAAUAAAAGAUUUACCUGUGGGCAAAACGCUAUACGAUCAUAUAUGCUUUCCGGGUCUCAUUUUUGAACUCAACACCACUGGUGUAAGCUUUUCUGAACGGGAAGCUACUCAAACUUCUUCAAUUGUGCAAUGGUUUCAUACCGGCGACAACAGCCUCGCAUCUCCUGGAGCAGUUGAAGGUAUAGGAUAUAUUAAAACGCCAGUGUCCGACGACCCCGAACUUGUUCCUGAUAUGGAACUAAUCAGUAUUGGUGGAUCAAUCAUUGCAGACGGCGGUCCUGGUGGCAGCAAAGCCGUAAGGAAAGGCAUGAGAAUAAAAAGUAAAGUGUUUGAUGAAGCAUUCGGAUCAUUAGGAACUAAGGAUACAUGGAGUGCGUUCCCGAUGUUGUUGCAUCCCAAAUCUUAUGGUUUUCUUGAGUUAAAAGACAAGAACCCGUGGAGCCAUCCACGCAUGAGGGGGAACUAUCUGUCAGACGCGUACGGGCAAGACGUGGCAGCAUUCGUGGCAGCAGUGCGGCACGUGCAGGCGCUGGCGGCUACAGCGCCCUUCCAGCGGUUUGGCGCUAAGAUACACCGCGCACAGUACCCGGCCUGCCGCGAGAUACCCUUCGACUCGGACGCCUACUGGGAGUGUGGGGUUCGCACGCUCACGGCGACGCUGCACCACCAGAUCGCCACGUGCCGCAUGGGUCCAGCCAGUGACCCUCGCGCCGUCGUCGAUCCAAGGCUGCGAGUAUACGGCCUGCGAAACCUACGCGUUAUCGACUCUAGCGUCAUCCCACGGACCAUUUCUGCGCACACCAACGCGCCAGCAAUCAUGAUCGCCGAAAAAGCUGCUGAUAUGAUAAAGGAUGAUUGGGGACAAUAAUAUCUGAAAUCUACCAACGAUAUUUACGACUCAACCAAAA